CAAAUUUCCGGUUCCGGGUCUUACUACUCAUAACUACUCAAUAUCUUUAUUCAAGAAAAAGUUGCCUUUUUAAUACGGUGAGUUAUAAAAUACUCAAAAAUUCGAUACAUUGAGCGCAAUUUCGUAUUCGUUACGAACAGCUGUUACAUUUAAUAGAUUUCAAAUUAUGACCAUUCGCGAAAGAAUGUCGACAGAGAAGACCAAGUAUUAUCGUUUAAAAGAGACAUCAGAGGGAUAUGUUGAUCUUAGGUUUGAGCAACAAAUCAAACGUCCUAUUCCUUAUCGGGCUAUCCUGUUAGCUGUUGCUCUAUUUACUUGUGGAACGUUUUUUCUAGUCAUAGGCGGUAUGCUGGUUGGUGGUCUCAUUGCCGAAGAAUAUAAAGAUAGAACAUGGCCUGUACUCUUCCUAGGAGCGAUUAUGUUCAUACCAGGAGCCUAUCACGUAAGGCUAGCAUAUUUGGCUUACAAAGGAUAUGACGGUUACAGCUUUGACGAUAUACCUACAUUUGAGUGA